AUGUCCAAACCACCCACACUACUCACUCUCCCCGCAGAGAUCCGUCAAGAAAUCUUCUACUACACUCUCUGUCACCAGAAACUUCUCCAAUCCUUCAUCUCAAACCGGAUCGUUAUAUCCAAGCUCCUUGGCCUCAAGGGUCCCGACGGACAUAGGCUUCCCCCCGAUAAAUGCGAGCACUUCUACGGCACCGAAGUCAUGAGCUCCAUGUUUAUCGUUUGUCGUCUCAUGCAUGCUGAACUUGAAGACAUUCUGUUUAGACGCUUCGUUUUUCGUGUGCGUUUAACUUCCGCGCGAGAAUUCAUAGAUACGAUUAGUCCCCGCGCGUGUGCUUUGAUACGGGAGAUAGAAGUGGUUGUUAUUUUUGAUCUUAGUCGUGAUGAGAGUCCUACACAGGAGGUUAUGAGUAAUUUGAAGGAAAAGCUUCCGGUGUUGAGGAAAGUGAAUGUGACGGUUGUGUUUGUAAAGGCGCCGUUUGGUGGUGGUUUGGCGAAGAGAAGAAUAGAUGGGUUUGCAAAUAGGAUUGUGGAGUUUGUUAUGGGUUUUGCAGAGGGUAUGGAAGUUGUGGUUGCUGGGAGAGAUUCUUGGUUGUGUAAAAAGGAGAUCAUGGAUGUGUGUAGUGAUAAGAUGGAGGAGCGUAUGGUAACUUCGAAAAGGGAGGGAUUGGACUAUGAUGUGAAAAGUGAUUUUGGUAAUAGAUUCCCGAAUAAUUCUUACACGGUGACCUAUCUAUGUUGGGGAUUCAAACUUGAUAUCAAGGUCAGUUCAAGUGACAGUGUGUGA